AUGGCCAAGAAGUCACAAGUUAAGAAACAACAAACUGGUGCUGCUACCAAGAAAACCACAGUGAAGAAGACUGCUAAGGUAACACAAGCCGAACCGGUCGAAGAUGAAUUGAAUCAAGAUACUCUUAAAUUGCAAGAAUCCAGCGACGAAGAAGAAGAAGGGGAAGGAAACGAUGAAGAUUUUGGUGGGUUCUCCAGUACCGAUGAUGAGAAGGAUGAUGAAGAAGAAGAAGAUGAUGAUGAUAAUGAAGAGAGUGGAGAUGACGAGGAGGAAGAAAGUGAAGAACAACAGCCGCCACAAAAGAAAAAGAACACAACUAAACAUGAGGUCAAGAAACCAGUGAAGAAAACCACCCAGGCCACCACCAUUGCCAAUAUCGAAAAAUACAAGCGUGGGAUCAUGUACAUUGGACGUCUUCCAAAACAAGUGGAAGAAAAAGAUCUCAAGCGUUAUUUCAAGCAGUUUGGCCAACUUUUGAACGUACGGAUCGCCCGUAACCGUAAGACUGGGGCGUCCAAGCACUACGGUUUUAUCGAAUUCCAAAACUACGAAGUGGCAAAGAUUGCCCAAGAUACCAUGAACAACUACUUGUUGUUUGGCCAUUUAUUGAAGUGUGAGUUGGUAGAUAGCAGCAACGAAUCGGCUGAAAAAUACUUGGGAUUAUUCAAGACCAAGAACAAGACUUUCAAGAAGAUCCCAUGGGCCAAGAUCUCCAAGCAUAAAUUCGAAAAAAGCAAGACCGAUGUAAAAUGGAAGCAGUUGAAAAAGCAACACGAUGAUAAAGCUAAGGCUAGAUUAGACAAAUUGAAGGAUGCAGGGUUCAACUUUGACUUGGUAAAAUAA